GUGUACAUAACAAGCGUACCUAUUGUGAAUUUUAGCGGCUAUCUUCCCUUUAGCAGGUUUUAAUUGGAACUUGCUACUAUUAGACGUAUGGAGAUAUUUAAAUGCAUCUUGACUGAGUGUUCUUUAUGUACAUUUUAAGAAACUAUUAAGCCAUUAUUAAAGACAUGAACAGCCGACUUCAAGAGAUACGCGAGAGACAAAAGCUAAGGAGGCAACUCUUAGCUCAGCAGUUAGGAGCUGAGAGCGCAGACCGCAUUGGAGUUGUCCUGCACAGUAAAGAUGAGCUCAAAGAGAUAGAAGAGACAAGAGAAAUAUGCAGAGCUUCAUAUGAUAGUUCAGCCCCUCCUUCUAAAAAAAAGCCACAGACAGACGGAGAGGACACAGAGGAAGAUGUAGAAGAGCAAAAAGAUGAAGUAGAAGUGCAGCAAGAAGAGGAGAGCAACCCGUACGAGGAAGUAUACAAGGAUUCCAGUACUUUCCUCAAGGGUACCCAAAGUUUGAACCCUCACAAUGACUAUUGUCAGCACUUUGUAGACACUGGACACAGACCACAAAAUUUCAUCAGGGAUGUUGGCUUGGCUGACCGAUUUGAAGAGUAUCCUAAACUGCGAGAGUUGAUUAGACUCAAAGAUGAACACAUCUCCAGCACCAACAUUCCUCCUAUGUAUCUCCAGGCGGAUCCGGAGCACUUCGACCUGCGGGAAUUAAAAAGCGAGUUUGACGUGAUCCUGAUUGAGCCUCCCCUGGAGGAAUAUUACAGGGAGUCAGGCAUCAGUCAUACAGAACGCUUCUGGACCUGGGAUGAUAUCAUGAGAUUGGAGAUUGAGGAGAUAUCAGCUUUACGCUCCUUCGUCUUUCUCUGGUGUGGCUCUGGAGAAGGUCUGGACCUGGGCAGAAUGUGCCUGAGAAAGUGGGGUUUCAGGAGGUGUGAGGACAUAUGCUGGAUCAAAACCAACAAGAAUAACCCAGGAAAAACCAAGGCCCUGGACCCAAAAGCAGUUUUUCAGAGGACUAAGGAGCACUGCUUGAUGGGAAUCAAGGGAACUGUGCGAAGGAGUACUGAUGGUGACUUCAUCCAUGCCAAUGUGGACAUUGACUUGAUUAUUACUGAGGAGCCUGAGAUGGGAAAUGUGGAGAAACCGGUGGAGAUCUUCCACAUCAUUGAGCAUUUUUGUUUGGGUCGCAGGAGGCUGCACCUGUUUGGAAGAGACUCAACCAUCAGACCAGGCUGGGUGACUGUUGGUCCCACAUUAACAAACACCAACUUUAACCCGGAGACCUACACCUCACACUUUCCUAUGCCCGACUCCCAUUUGUCUGGCUGCACAGAAGAAAUAGAGAGGCUGCGGCCCAAAUCACCUGUGAAACUCAAGUCGGACCGUGGAGGUGGAGCACCCAGAGGGGGUCGCGGGGGGCCAAAUGCUGGGAGAGGCGGAGACAGAGGGAGAGAAAGGAACAGGCCCAAUUUCCGUGGAGACAGAGGGGGGUUCAGGGGAAGGGGAGGGCCACAUCGGGGGUUUCCGCCUCGCUAGAAUGAUGAGUGAUUGUUGAUACUCCUUUUCUGUGGUUUUUCUUUUACACAGUUGUUGUGGUCAGUAAGAAUCCAACAAACUUUUACUGGUAUGGAUCUUUUUGAAACUGCUCAGUUUGAAUAUUUUUGCAUAGAAAUUCUGUAGAUUAGAUUUAAAUAAUGUUUCUAAAAAUAAAUUUUUUUCACAUAAUGUUUGUAUU